AUGGACGGAGAAUCUUCGCUAGAAAGAUACUUGGAUCAGUGUGAGACUGGGGAUGACCUUGCCUCUACACCCCACCUGUACUCCUCUAUGACCCCAUAUCAUGACUUGAACAUCCAGCCGCUCCCAGACACAUCUUAUGGCUCUGCUUUGGACCAUUCUAAAGACCUCUCGACUGACUUCUCUUCAGUGGACUUAAGCUUUUUACCCGAUGAUCUGAAUCCUGACCACGAAGAAAAGGAUGGACUUCAGGGGCAGCAAUACACCUCGCAACUGCAGGACAGCGGGAUUUGUAUGGACUCCUCUAUGUUGUCACAGCCGUUCACCCCAUCUGAAAACAGAGAUGCCUCACAGGAUGCAUCUAACCUCUGCACUGUGCCCAUUACCCCCAUGACCCCAAUGACUCCCAUGACCCCAGUGUCUGAGUCCUCUGGGAUUGUUCCUCAAUUACAAAAUAUUGUAUCCACCGUGAACCUGGCCUGCAAACUGGAUUUGAAGAAGAUUGCCCUGCAUGCUAGAAAUGCAGAGUACAACCCAAAGAGGUUUGCAGCAGUGAUCAUGAGAAUCCGCGAACCCAGGACGACUGCAUUGAUAUUCAGCUCUGGCAAAAUGGUCUGCACUGGAGCAAAGAGUGAAGAUCAGUCCAGACUGGCAGCGAGGAAGUAUGCCCGCGUCGUGCAGAAACUGGGGUUUCCUGCAAAAUUUCUUGACUUUAAAAUACAGAACAUGGUGGGAAGCUGUGACGUGAAAUUCCCGAUACGGCUUGAAGGUCUGGUCCUUACUCAUCAGCAGUUCAGCAGUUAUGAACCGGAAUUGUUUCCAGGCCUCAUUUACAGGAUGGUGAAGCCCAGGAUUGUGCUACUUAUUUUUGUGUCCGGAAAAGUUGUGUUAACCGGUGCCAAGGAACGUGCAGAGAUCUAUGAAGCAUUUGAGAACGUGUAUCCCAUUUUAAAGGGGUUCAAGAAGACGACGUAGAUGUUCUGCUUGGGGGCG